CUUUUUCCAUACUUCAAACACAUAGUGUGUAUCAUAUCGUAGGGUAUCGUGCCUUUUGGAGCUGGUAAUUUAUAAGUGCACAGAUUUUUUGAGUGGCUUCGAGAAUUUAACCAUGGCUUCCAUUAAUUCGGAUUUCCAAAGAUUGUCCGAAGAAGAACAACUGGAAAUCAGGGAGCGUUUUAGUACAAUAGACAAAAACGGCGACGGCCAUAUCGACCUCAAAGAGCUUCGGGAGGCAUUGGAGGCUUGCGGACUGAAGAUAGCCGGUUACCAAUCGCGUCUCAUCGAAGAGGAAUUCAAAAAUUCGAAAAAGACUAAAAUAAACGGCAGAUUGACUUAUGAAGAAUUCGAAAAGCUUAUCUGUGAUCUAAGAGCGAACGAUGUCGCGAAUACUUUUCGAACCGCCGUUUCAAAGCGGGAGAAUUUGCAACACUUGGGCGGUACCUCCCACGCGUCUAAUGACGGUACGACGCAUUCGGUGCGUCUAGAGGAACAGCUGGCUUUCUCGGAUUGGAUCAACUCGAAUUUGCAGCACGAUCCGGAUUUAAAAAAACUGCUGCCGAUUGAUCCCGAAGGGAAAUACCUUUAUGAGAAAGUCAAAGACGGUAUAUUGCUAUGCAAAAUUAUAAACCAUUCGUGCCCGGACACCAUUGACGAGCGAGUUAUAAACAAGGAAAAGUUGACGUUGUACACAAAACUCGAGAAUUUGACAUUGGCUUUGAAUUCCGCAUCGGGAAUCGGUUGCAACGUCAUCAACAUUGACGCACAUAGUUUAUCCAAGGGCACGCCGCAUUUGGUGCUGGGAUUGCUAUGGCAGAUCAUUAGGAUCGGAUUGUUCAAUCAAAUCACCUUGGAACAUUGCCCCGGGCUAACCACAUUACUGUCGCAAGACGAAAAAAUUGACGACCUUAUGAAAUUAUCACCCGAAGCCAUAUUGCUAAGAUGGGUGAACUACCAUCUGGAACGUGCCGGCACGCACAGACGUGUUACAAAUUUCCAGAGCGACAUUACCGAUUCAGAAGUUUAUACGUAUCUGAUUAAGCAGAUAGCACCAAUAGAAGCAGAAGUCAAUAUGGACGCGUUAACGGAGAAAGAUUUACACAAUAGGGCAGAGAUCAUGUUGCAACAGGCUGCCAAAUUGAAAUGUAGAUCGUUCGUCACGCCCCAAGAUGUUGUUAAUGGCGUCUAUAAACUUAAUUUGGCUUUUGUCGCCAAUCUUUUCAACAAUCAUCCGGGGUUACACCAAGCUAAUGGCGCUAUCGACGGUUACGAGACUAUUGAAGAAACUCGGGAAGAAAGAACUUAUCGAAAUUGGAUAAAUUCAAUGGGUGUAUCUCCACAUGUCAAUUGGUUGUAUUCCGACUUAGCCGACGGGCUAGUAGUAUUCCAAUUAUACGACAUUAUCAAGCCGGGGAUAGUAGACUGGGGUAGAGUUCACCGCCGAUUCACAAACGAACGGAAAAAGUUCAUGGAAAAGCUGGAAAAUUGCAACUACGCCGUUGAACUCGGCAGACAGAUAAAAUUCUCUUUAGUCGGAAUAGGCGGACAGGAUAUCAACGAGGGCAACGUUACUUUAACCUUAGCCCUCAUUUGGCAGUUGAUGAGAGCGUAUACGUUGUCGAUCCUGUCUCAGUUACACGAAUCUGGAAGCCCUAUCGUUGAAAAGGAAAUCGUCAAUUGGGUUAAUAGCAAAUUGGCUUCCGCAGGCAAAAAGUCUUCCAUUCGCAGCUUCCAAGAUCCCACUAUUGCCGACGCUAAGGUAGUGAUCGAUCUCAUCGAUUCCAUUAGGCCCGGAGCCAUUAACUAUGAUCUAGUUAGGACUGGAGGCACCGAUGAGGAUAACUUGGCGAAUGCAAAAUACGCGAUAUCGAUGUCACGUAAAGCAGGGGCAAGGGUGUAUGCCCUACCGGAAGACAUAACGGAGGUGAAACCGAAAAUGAUAAUGACAGUAUUCGCAUGUUUGAUGGCACUAGAUUAUAUACCUAACAUGGACAGUUCUCGGCAACAGUAACUUUUGGCUGAUAAUUUAUUGUUUAUUUUUAAUUUUUCAUUAUAUUUUAUAUACUAAAUAUUAGGUAUUUAUGUUAUAAUAUUAUAACAUUCCAAAUUUACGAAUUUGUUACUAGUCUGUGAGAGAGAAAGCAUUUAAUUCAAAAUUACGACAUUCCUUUUUUUGGAUUAUGGUGCAAUAAGGUUUUAACGUUACAUUACACGAAUCGGGGCUGUUAAACAAUGACAUAUUUCGAGUUUGUACAAAUGAAUUACUGAGUUAAUUUUUUUUAAUUAAAAGCGGUAACUUAUUUUUAUAUACAUUUUAUUUCAUUUUAUAAUUAAUUAUUGGCUCUGCAAUACCAAACCAAGUGCCAUUUACAUCGUAAGUAUAAUCUAAUGAGAUGUAUAAAAUAGUAUUACUUUGUAAACUUAAAAUAUUAAUACUUUUUGUGUAAAUUUAUAACUUUUUCAAGUACACUGGUCAUUUGCUUUAUUAAAUGAAAAAGUAUA